GAAAUUUUGGCCAAGGAGUUCCAGAAGUUGAUGCAGGAUGCCGAGGAUGACAAUUCCCGUGUUCUAAGGAGCGGGUCAACUCAUGACAGAGUUCCUCCUCCUCCUCCUCCUUCUUCUCUCCCGCAUGAUAACAAAGGAAAUGUUGUCCCUCACCUUCUACUUCCUUCUGCGCUCCGUUCUGGCUGCAGACCCUGCGCACCUCAAGCCGGGGGCCCUCUCUGCUCAUUUGGGCCGGGUUUCUCUGGUCGAGGAUGUCCUGUGGGUCCAGUACCCGUUUACUGCUCUGGUGGAAAUACCAGGCACACUGAGGACAAUAACGGAACAAGUGACUGGGGUUGUGUUGCAGAUGGAUAUCAGUGCUCCUGAAGACGGUCUCCUGCGUCUGAUGCAUGACCGCAUAAAGUACUUGAAUGAUACUCUAACCCUGGCUUUGGAGAACUACGCAGCUCUUUCCUUUCCUAACCGUACUAAACGGGGCUUGAUCGAUGGGAUUGGGCAACUUUCCCGCAUGUUGUUUGGAACCGCAAUGGAUGAGGAUGUGGAGGAACUGCGGGAUAGGUAUAACCGUUUGGCUUCACUUGCUGCUACUCAACACAAAACCAUUAGGAUGAAUUCCUUACACAUUUCCAGACUUGAGCAUGCAGUACAGGAUAUUGCUUCUUAUUCCCGAACCUUAGGCUCUUCCAUUAAUGAGUUGUGGACCGGCAUGGCUAAUAUGUACCAAAUGGAACUUGUUCUACAAACCUUGCCUGCCUUGGAGAGUGCAGUCAACUCUAUCCUCCAUACUAAUGCUCUGGUGAUACAGAAUGUAGUGGAUGCAGAUUGUGGUAGGGUUACCUCUUCUCUUUUUCCUGUCAGGGAUUUGCAAAAGGCUUUGAAAAUAGGAGUAGAGAACCACCAACUAACACCUUUGUUUGACAUGCAUGCCAUACACCAUUACUAUCCCUUGCUUGAGUCAUUCCUGACGUCGGAAGCUAUAGUGAUUCACGUUCCCUUCAGGUCAAAGGAUGUGUUUGAGGUUUAUCAGCUGGAACCUUUCCCUUUCUCAGUCAAUAACUCGGUGAUGGUGCUUCACUUACCUGCCACAGUGGUCUUAAUUCGUAAUGAUCUAUCGCUUUAUGCAACGGGCCAGCCGUCAGACCUAGGGUCCUGCAAAACAGAGUAUCACAAUCUCUAUUUUUGCUCAGCGUCACUCUUUGCAUUCCUCCCGUUGACAGGUGGUAUCUGCGAGGUGGUGCUGACCCAGUCGGAUGCUUCUAAAGCUCUAGAGACUUGCCCCUAUCGUCACGUCGCCCCUAAAUCGCUUUUCCACAGGAGGUUCUCCUGAUUUCACUACUUCUUUUUCACACUACCAGUGUUUGUGACAGUGGUCUGUCCUGAAGGUUCAACUUAUAGAGAGGUUGCAGGUCACCUGGCGGUACGGGUGGCUUGUUCCCUACGUUCUGUCAAUUUGACAACCUUUCCGGAGACGCUCCAUCAUGGAUUUGCGGCCACAAAUGCCAUCCCAAUCUAUCCUAUUGACAGUUUAGUGAAUCUCACCUUUUCUAGGAUGAAGUAUGUGACAAAUAGCCUUUCCGAGCUAACCUUUUCAAAUUUCUCGGAAUUGGAGUCAGCUGUCCAUGACUCUCUACCGGUUUACCUUGCCCCAUAUGUACAUUACCCAUCACUGAUCUUGCCGGUGGUUCUUUUUAUCAUCAUUGUCAUCCCCCUGUUCUGCCUUGUUAAGCGGGCUCUGACUUUGUACAACCAUCUUCAGGCAAGAGUUGCCCCACCGCGCUGAGUUCGUACGCAUUGUGACUCGAAGAUUCAGUUUGUAUCAAAUCUUCUUCACCGUUUUUUUUUUUAAUUUCUUAUUACUAUUCCAAAUAGCUCCGUUACCAUGUAUCCUAAUGACAAUUUAGUCAAUUUGUUUUUUUUAGGAUGUAUUUUGUAAAUAACUAUUCGAGCUAUUGUUUUGUUUUCUCGGAAUAGUGCUGAGCUUCCACGUCCACGACUCUAGCCCUGUUUACCUCGCCCUGUAUGUACUUUGCCCAUUUAUUGUUACUUCCAUGAUUAUUUUUCUUGUCAUUGGCAUUUCCCGAUGUUGUAUCGUUAGGCGGGCUCUGCCUUGUAUAUAUUUUUUUUUACAUGCAACCAUAAUAGGCCCUCGUUUAACUAGUACACAUUGUGCGACUGUAACAUGGGUAGGUACACUGAUUUUAAGGGUCGGGUGAGCCGCGGGGUCGCGACUUUUUCCGUGACCGAGCGAUGUAAUGUGUAUAUUAUAACAAUGUGAAUGUGUGAAUGUAUGUCGUAUCGCCAUGGCCCAGUGGCGCCAGGACGUUACACACAGACGCUACGUUGUGCUUAGGAGGUGCUCCUUGCCGUGGGAACGGUGCUGUUUCAGCAAGCAUGCUAUCCGCUGGCCGCUCCUGUACCAAGAGAAGCCGGCAGAUCAGGGCGGGCGGCGGACGAGAGCACAGGACUUCUCGGAGUGUGCGUACGACUUACGACUUGUCCACAAAAUACUGUAACUAUUCUGUGAAUAUAUUUAAAAAGCAAUACAACCAUUUAAUCAACCAGAGAGAGAGACAGUAAAUUAAGUGAACUCAAAGUGAACUUAACGGCUCCGCUCGGCCAACACAUAACCCACAUCACUUAACUAAAAGGCUAUUGUGUUGUCUCACGACUUCUAUCAACUGGAGAAAGCAGGCAACGGUACACCGGACCUCACGUGAGAUAACAGUUCGCGCCUUAAUGAAAAACACAAAAAACAGCUAACAAAAAGGCUAACAUGCAACAUUCGCGGUCUUCGCUCUAAUUUUCAUUCUGUGGAACAUCAUCUCUCCUCCUCUAAACCUCACCUUCUCUUCCUUACCGAAACACAGGUUUCUGAGGCUACUGACAGCAAUCUCUACUCUGUUCCCUCCUACUAUCUCUAUCCUAAAUUUCAAUCCAAAGCUGGAUGUUGCGCCUACGUGCGCAACGACAUCACUUGCUCUCGUGCCCACGACCUUGACUCUUCUGAAUUUUCCACCAUCUGGCUAAGACUUCAUUGUCAUUCUAUUACUAAAUACAUAUGUGCUGUUUAUCUCUCACCUAACUCUACAAACUAUGUAAAAUUCUUUGACUAUUUGAAUUCUAAAGUGGAGCACAUCUUGACCCACUCUCCCUUCGCUGAAAUCUCCAUCCUAGGAGAUUUCAAUGUUCACCACCAGCUUUGGCUUUCAUCCUCUUUCACUGACCAUCCUGGUGAACAAGCCUACAACUUUGCUAUCCUCAACGACCUAGAGCAGUUGGUCCAGCACCCUACACGUAUUCCUGACCGUCUUGGAGAUCGGCCCAACAUUCUAGACCUCUUCCUUACCUCAAACCCUUCUGCUUAUUCUGUCAAACUGUUUUCUCCGUUGGGCUCCUCCGAUCACAAUCUUAUUUCUGCAUCCUGUCCUAUCGCUCCUGUACACCCUCUGGACCCACCGAAGAGGCGAUGCUUCUGGCAUUUUGCUUCAGCUCGGUGGGACGACCUGAGGAUGUACUUUUCCGAUUUCCCGUGGAAUGAUUAUUGCUUCCAGGAUAGAGACCCCUCUGUGUGUGCUCAGCGCAUCACAGAGGUGAUUGUCUCUGGAAUGGAGGCAUACAUCCCUCGUUCUUUCUCUACUCCUCACGCUAAAAAGCCUUGGUUUAAUCACGCUUGUUCUCGUGCUGUCAAUGAUAGAGAGGUAGUUUGACCAGGCAGGGUGACAGCACGGAGGCACAGUUUUUAAGGACAAUAGGAGGCACUCCAUCAGGUCCAUAAGCCUUCUGAGGAUUGAGGCCAGAGAGGGCAUAGAAAACAUCAUUUUGAAGAAUCUUUAUAACAGGCAUAAAGGAGUCAGAGGGGGGAUGAGUAGGAGGAAUAUGCCCAGAAUCGUCCAGAGUGGAGUUUUUAGAAAAAAGUUUGAGAGAAGAGUUCAGCCUUAGAGAUAGAUGAGACGGCAGUGUUGCCGUCAGGACUGAGGAGUGGAGGGAAAGAUGAAGAAGUGAAGUUGGAGGAGAUGUUUUUGGCUAGAUGCCAGAAGUCACGGGAAGAGUUAGAGAAAGCAAGGUUUUGACAUUUUCUAUUAAUGAAAGAAUUUUUGGUUAGUCGGAGAAUAGAUUUGGCACGAUUUCGGGCAGAAAUGUAAAGUUCAUAAUUAGCAUUAGUUUGAA